UCACGUGACAGGAAGAGGAAGCUGCCGCGGUUCCCUGUUGCACGGCAGCGGCCGGGUUUUUGCGGGAGGCGGCGGUGGCUGUGGAGUUCGAUGGGCUGGAGGCGGAGCCGCUGCGCCCUAAGGAGGAGACACGCCCAAGCCUUUGUUCCCGGGCCCCGCGCUGAGAGAAAAUGACUGCAAUCAAGCAUGCCUUACAGAGGGAUAUUUUCACUCCAAAUGAUGAACGUUUAUUAAGCAUUGUGAAUGUGUGCAAAGCAGGCAAAAAGAAGAGAAAUUGCUUUUUGUGUGCCACAGUGACAACAGAACGUCCAGUGCAAGUAAAUGUGGUCAAAGUGAAGAAAUCUGAUAAGGGAGAUUUCUACAAAAGACAGACAGCGUGGGCGCUUCGAGAUCUUGCUGUUGUUGAUGCCAAAGAUGCUGUUAAAGAAAAUCCUGAAUUUGACUUGCAUCUUGACAAAGUGUACAAAUGGGUUGCCAGCAGCACAGCAGAAAAGAACACUUUCAUUUCAUGUAUCUGGAAACUGAACCAGAGAUACCUUAGAAAGAAAAUUGACUUCGUGAAUGUUAGUGCCCAGCUUUUGGAAGAACUACCUAAAGUUGCAGAAGAAUCUGUUCCAAGUGGAGAAAAUCAGAGUGUAGCAGGAGGAGAUGAAGAAGCUGUGGAUGAGUAUCAAGAGUUAAAUGCAAGAGAGGAACAGGACAUUGAAAUAAUGAUGGAAGGCUGUGAAUAUGCCAUUUCUAAUGCGGAAGCCUUUGCAGAAAAGUUAUCCAGAGAGCUGCAGGUGUUAGAUGGGGCAAACAUUCAAUCAAUCAUGGCUUCUGAGAAACAAGUGAACAUCCUGAUGACGCUGCUGGAUGAAGCUCUAAAGGAAGUGGAUCAAAUUGAGCUGAAGCUGAGCAGUUAUGAGGAAAUGCUACAGAGUGUAAAAGAGCAAAUGGAUCAAAUCUCAGAAAGCAACCACCUAAUUCAUCUCAGCAACACGAAUAAUGUGAAGCUGCUGUCGGAGAUAGAAUUCCUAGUUAAUCAUAUGGAUUUGGCAAAAGGUCACAUAAAGGCCCUCCAGGAGGGGGAUCUGGCAUCUUCUCGAGGCAUUGAAGCCUGCACUAAUGCAGCUGAUGCCCUUUUGCAGUGUAUGAAUGUAGCUCUUCGACCAGGACACGAUAUGCUUUAUGCAGUCAAACAGCAACAACAGCGGUUCAGUGACCUACGUGAACAAUUUGCACGAAGACUUGCCAGUCAUCUGAACAAUGUGUUCGUUCAGCAGUUUGCUCAGACCCUUCUUCAGCUCUAUAACAGGUCCUACUAUCUUUCGGUUUCUGGUCAUGACCAAAGUUCCACGCUUGCCCAGCACUCUAUUGAGCUGACAUUACCCAAUCACCAUCCCUUUCACAGAGACUUGCUUCGAUAUGCCAAAUUGAUGGAGUGGCUAAAAAGUACAGAAUAUGGAAAAUAUGAAGGGUUAACAAAGAAUUACAUGGAUUAUUUAUCACGGCUAUAUGAAAGAGAAAUAAAAGAUUUCUUUGAGGUUGCCAAGAUUAAGAUGACGGGCACAACCAAAGAAGGAAAAAAGUUUGCUACACUGCCUCGAAAAGAAAGCGCUGUCAAACAGGAAACAGAGAGUCUUCAUGGAAGUUCUGGAAAAUUGACUGGAUCUACCUCUAGCCUAAAUAAACUCUCCGUUCAGGGUUCAGGAAAUCGUAGGUCUCAGUCAUCCUCACUGUUGGAUAUGGGAAACAUGUCUGCCUCUGACCUUGAUGUGGCUGAUAGAACUAAAUUUGAUAAGAUCUUUGAGCAAGUUCUAAGCGAACUGGAGCCCCUGUGUCUGGCAGAACAGGACUUCAUUAGCAAAUUCUUCAAACUACAGCAGCAUCAAAGCAUGGGAACAACAACGAAUGAAGCAGAAGAAAUGGAUGGAGGAACUUUAUCCCGGUCUCAUAAUUCUGGUGUUCCACAAGCUAUAUCAUCUGAGAAAGACAUGAUUCGACAGAUGAUGAUAAAAAUAUUUCGCUGUAUUGAGCCAGAGCUGAAUAACCUUAUAGCUCUGGGGGACAAGAUUGAUAGCUUUAAUUCCCUUUAUAUGUUAGUUAAGAUGAGUCACCAUGUAUGGACAGCACAAAAUGUGGACCCUGCUUCCUUCCUCAGCACAACACUUGGAAAUGUUUUGGUGACUGUCAAAAGGAAUUUUGACAAAUGCAUUAGUAAUCAAAUAAAACAGAUGGAGGAGGUAAAGAUAUCAAAGAAGAGUAAAGUUGGGAUCCUUACAUUUGUUGCUGAAUUUGAAGAAUUUGCAGCACUUGCUGAAUCUAUUUUCAAAAAUGCGGAGCGACGAGGAGAUUUAGAUAAAGCCUAUAUAAAACUUAUAAGGAGUGUUUUCAUCAAUGUGGAGAAAGUAGCAAAUGAAAGCCAGAAAACACCCAGGGAUGUGGUCAUGAUGGAGAACUUCCACCGUAUUUUUGCAACUCUCUCUCGUUUGAAAAUCUCGUGUCUUGAGGCCGAAAAAAAAGAAGCUAAACAGAAAUACACUGAUCAUCUCCAGUCUUAUGUCAUCUACUCCUUGGGACAGCCUCUUGAGAAAUUAAAUCAUUUCUUUGAGGGUGUUGAAGCUCGUGUGGCACAAGGCAUAAGAGAAGAGGAAGUAAGUUACCAACUGGCUUUCAAUAAACAAGAGCUUCGGAAAGUUAUAAAGGAAUAUCCUGGUAAAGAAGUGAAGAAGGGAUUGGAUAAUCUCUAUAAGAAGGUGGACAAACAUCUUUGUGAAGAAGAAAACUUACUUCAGGUUGUAUGGCAUUCUAUGCAAGAUGAGUUUAUACGCCAAUACAAACACUUCGAAGGCUUGAUAGCUCGUUGCUAUCCAGGAUCAGGUGUUACCAUGGAAUUCACUAUCCAGGACAUCUUAGACUACUGCUCCAGUAUUGCACAGUCUCACUAAAUUUCUACAAGGGGAAAAUGCUUGAAAAAUAUCCAGUAGUAUUGAAUGUUACUUGCUUUAAGAAAGUGAAAUAAGAAGCAUAUGUAUUCUUAAAUGUUCUAUAAAUGUCUAGUCAUAUUUCCAUCUUGGAUAUAUUUCAAUGCAGAAUGAAAAGCCUAAAUAGCAGUGUUGCUUUCCUGCUUGGUUGAAGCACUGUUUUAAAGCAUUAAAUUCAUGAAACACUUAAUAUUUAAUUUUUCUCUCACUGGUGCCCAGGUUUUUUAAAAUCUGUAACUCCUUUCUUGCUAACAGCAAUUACCUUUGUAUAUUCUUAGCACCUGGAAAGGACACUACGGUCAUCCAACUUCACACAAGUACUUUGCAUCCUGGUAAUUAUGUAACCACUAAAAAGACUGUAUAGAAUUGGUUUUUUUCUGCCUGAAGCUGUAAUAUAUGGAUGUGGAGUUCAGUCCAUGAAAGUACGAACUAAAUUCAUGUUUUGAGAAUUAAUGUGACUAUAUGUGGCUGUAACUCUUCUGAUCGUAAGUAAAAAUAAUCUUUCAAACAUAGUGUCUCAUUAACUUUUUAUUCCAGAGUAUUCAUUAAUUCUUUAGCUGUUCACCACAAAAGCAUCAGCCAUCUCUUAAGUCCAAAAUGAGGUACCCAAGAUAAGGCAGAAAACGACAUAAUUUUCCAUACAUUUACUUUUUUAUUAUUUACUAGAGCAUGACUGAACUUCAGUCAUACACAGGGCUGGCUCUACAAUUUUUGCCGCCCAAAGCAGCGCGCCGAAUUGCCGCCGCAGGCGGUGGGGGCAGUCCAUGUGCCCUUAGGGCGGCAGACGCAUUUCCGUGGCGGCGGCAAUUCGGCGGCAGCUUCUAUGUGUAGCUGAAGCCGCCCUGGACAGCUAAAUGUAGAAGCUGCUGCCGAAUUUCCCUUACCACGGAAACGCGCCUGCCACCCUAAGGGCGCAUGGAUUGCCCCUGCCGCCCGGGGCAGCAAUUCGGCGUGCUGCUUGGGGGCGAAACAACAGGGACUACCACCCGUUGCAGAAUGCCGCCCCAAGCACCAGCUUGGAAUGCUGGUGCCUGGAGCCGGCCCUGGUCAUACAUUAAGCAGAAGGUCUGCACUACUACCAUAAUGACAGCUAAAACUUUUUUUUUAAAUGCAUGAAUUCCAAAAUCUUAAGGGUCAAUACUUUCAAAACUACAAGGCUCUCAAGUUCAUAUUUAGGUACCCAAAUGGGAGCUUCUGGGUGGCAGUCACUUUGAAAAUAAGGUCAUUUGUUUAGGUCCCCAAGUAUGGACUUGAAAGCCUAACAAUUAGGCACUUAUUUCUGAAUAUUCUUACAUUGUUUACACUGUAAUACUACCUUGUCCAUAUUGCAUAACUGUGUAUUUAAUGGUAUGUAUUAAAUACAAACAAUAAAUCUUCAAUAACCUAUUCAAAGAAACCAUCUGAACAGAUCUCCACUUUUGAAUUCAUGUACUUGCAUGCCAACAUGGCAGGAACUUCUAUUGAAAUUUCUGAGCCAUUGGUUUCACUAAGAAAUUUUUUGUGUUAAAAAGUUUCUAAUGCACUAAUAAUUGGCUUUCUGAUCACGGUCAGUAAAUAAGCUUGCUCAGGAUUCUUGAUCAAAGAUAAAUUACACAAGUUUAAUAUUGCAUUUUUAGGAUUUUUUGCAUUUAAUCUGUUUUAAGAAAGGGAAAAUCCCAUGCUACUAUUCAGCUUGCACACUUUACAAGCUGUAUAGAAUAUAUGACUGAAGCUUGUAUAUUUUUUCUGCAGGGUGAAUGAGCCUGUACAACAAAGGUGUGCUGUAAACUCUUUAAAUCCAGAGCCAAGCAGCAAUUUGAAUGUAUAAGCUCCAUCACACUUGGCUCCAAAGUUGGUAAAUCUCUUGAGUUUAUCAUCUAUUUCAUAAAAUGUGUAAAUUCUUGUAACCAAAUACCUGCCCAGAUAACUAUAUGGUGCAAGGUGGUUUUUCGUACAUGAUUAUAUUCUAUUAGGAAUGUUGCUGCAAUUCAAAAUGGAGAUUAGAAUUUUAAGAUGGUGCAUAUGUUAGGGAGGGUUUGAACUCCAUCUUGGUGCCCUUCUUCAUGGCAUUUUUCCACCAAAACUCUUGUUUCCAGGCAGAACUUGAGGGACUGAGAACUGGCUAGAACUGGUGUGCGCCUGUCAGAGUAUGCCUGUGAGUGUGCCUCAGAAAGGCACACCACAGAGAGCAUAUAAGGAACUGUCAGCGAUGACACAGGGGCUGUCCACCAUCGAGGCAGCCACGUCCAGGUUUUUUGCACGGCAUCGGAUCAAGACUUUGGCUACUAACAUCUGUCAAGGACUCUGAUACUUACCUGAUUCCUGUAAUCCCCCAAAGGAUCCAGUGAAGACUUGCCGUCAGCUCAAAUCUGUUGAUCUCCUGCUUCGGCAGUAAGACAGCCAGAUCCUCUGAUGUUCCAGAGAUCCUAAGACGGACCAUCCAUUGCCAGUGUCCUCCAUCUGCAGUUAGAAGAGACAGUAAUUAUUUUUAGGCAUUUUUUAGUUUAGCCAAGGGAGAGUUUAAGGGUCUGGGCUUUAUGCCCCCUUAGGAAUCUGCUUAUAUUGUAUUUGUAGUGUUCCCCAUAGUGAAUCUUCCCCCAGUUGUAUCUAUCCCUUAAUAAAUCUUCUUUCUGUUUAAGGUUA